CGCCGGUCAAGUAGCGUCCCCGUUAGCGUCCGCGUGGCGGCUGGUGGCGUGGCACGUCAUCGAGAAAGAAAGAGAGAGAGAGAGAGAGAGUCGAGUAGUAGGAAAAGGAGAAGGACAGAUUGCGACUAUCGGCUUUUCGAACGGUUCUUCGCGCACGUCGCUUCGCACUGUGUGUACCGGGUGCUGCUGCACUUCGUCUUCCAGGACGUCUUUUUCUACUGACAUUUUGUGAAGGAUCUCCAGUGAGAAUCAGCAGGAUGGUGGCGAUCAAGGGAAGGAAGAGCUCGAACAAAAAUCCGCCGAUUAUGAGCCAUGAAUUCGUCAUCCAGAAUCACGCGGACAUCGUCUCCUGCGUGGCGAUGGUCUUCGUCGUCGGGCUUAUGGUGCAGGUUACUUCGCCGUGGGCCUACACUUUCAUCGCUAUCCACCACAAUGUUUCUUCCUUGAUCUCGCUGGAUGGUAGCGUGGCACCCCAGCCAACCAAGUACACUACAGGAUGGAAGGAUGCUUGUGCAGUUUUCUUCUACUUCUUGAUCACCAUUGUUAUGCAUGCUGUUAUCCAAGAAUAUAUCUUUGAUAAAGUAUCCAAGCGUCUUCGUUUGAGCAAGAGCAAACUUUCAAAAUUCAACGAGUCCAGCCAGCUCGUUGUAUUUUAUGCUCUUUCUGUUAUUUGGGGAAUCGACAUCAUCGUCAGGGAGCGCUUCAUCUUCAACAUCCCUGCUCUUUGGACUGACUACCCAGCACCCAUGUCCUUCUCUCUGAAAUUGUUCUUUGUUGGUCAGCUUGCUUACUGGCUCCACUGCUACCCAGAAUUGUACUUCCAGAAAGCCAAAAAGGAGGAAAUCCCCAACAGAGUUUUCCAAGCCACUGUUGGAUUGGUUUACACUCUUGGUGCCUAUGUCUUGAACUUCCAAAACUUUGGUGUGAUCCUUCUGGUACUUCACCAUGCUGGAGAAGGUUUGCUGCAUGGAGCUCGUUUAGUCCACUUUGCUGAUCAAAAGGAAAAGGCAUCCAAAGCGGCCUUCCUUCUUGCCAACUCAACUUUUUUGGUUGCUCGUCUCGCCAGCUUAUUGAUCUCUGCUCUUGUCUUCAUCUACGGAUUGGGCCAAAUUAACAGCGGUCUUAACAUUGCCGAGGGUUACUUUAACACCCCAGCCAUCAGAUACGGUGCUUUCGCAGCCGUCGCGGUCUUCCAAUUCUACAUGUUGUACGUUUUCCUGAAAUACCAGUACAAGCGCGCUCGUGAAAACCAAGUUCCCGUUGUUUCCAAGGUCAAAGUACUGAAGCAAAAGCCUAAGAAGAAGGAGGCGAGCAAGAAAUCCGGUGGAUCCGAGGAUGAGGUCGACUCCGACCAAGGCACAAAGAAGAGCGUCCGAUCCAGGUCAUCAACGAAAGCGAAAUAACGCGUUUCAUCUCAGUUCUCCGGACGAGUAAAUCUUCGUCAAGAAGAGCACGAAGGCGGCACGAGAAAAACUGGUCAAGGUUUUACGAGACAAUGAGUUUUUCAUCUUUCCUUCAGUCGUUGCAAUUUAACGAUAUUUUGUAAAAUAAGACUUGAAUCGAUCAUAAGCAUAUGUUAUCAGGCUAGUUCGUACGGAAUCGCGCAAAGAGACUAUAGUACGAGCCAGCCUGAAAUCGCGAUAUAUAUAUAUAUAUAUAUAUAUAUAUAUAUAUAUAUAUAGAAAAUAUAAAUAUAUAUAUUUUUAAUAAUAUUUAACAGAAAUACUCUGUUUAGUCAUGGAGUCAGAAAAAAAAGUUUAUUUGACGGUGCGCUCUGCUUGCCCAUUGUUCACGUUUUCACAACUAUACUAUAAUAUAACAUCACUAUAUUAUAUCAUUGACUCUCAACGACAUAUCCUUUAAUCAUUGUGCGCGUUGUGCGAUAGAUUUUUAUGAAUCAAAGAGCCGUGCGUCGGUGAAUAUUAUUGUGAAAGAACAGUUAGAAAGGAAAAGAUUCAAAGAAUAUAUGCAUUCAAUUUUUUACAA